GUCCUUUCCCACCCAAACAAUUCCACGACUGUGAAGCUUCUGGAGAGAUGGGUCUGGCCCCUUCCCCAGAGCCAACAGCAGGGACGCAGCUGGACGAGUCACUUGGAGGCAAAGCCAGUCCCAGGGAAGGGGCUGAGCCAGACCAGGGGAAGCAGUUCACCCCAGGCAGGGGAGGGGAUGGGCACCGACCUGCUGGGGGCUCAUUCCCUUCUGUGCCCACAGCUCAGGGAACAGGCAUGGUGCUGCAGGAGUCCAAGGUCCACCUCAUGGACACGGAGCUGUGCAACAGCAGCCCAUGGUACGCGGGGGCCAUUCAUGCUGACAACCUGUGUGCUGGGUACCCGCAGGGUGGCAUCGACACCUGCCAGGGGGACAGCGGGAAUCCUCUCAUCUGCAAGGACAACAGAGCUGACUCCUUCUGGCUUGUGGGAAUGAGCAGCUGGGGAAAAGGCUGUGACAGAGCCAGGCACCCCGGGGUCUACACCUCCACUCAGCACUUCUACAACUGGAUCCUGCUCCAGACCGGCCUGAGCCCAGCUGACAUAUCCGGUCCAGCACCGGAGCUGAACUGCACCCCGACUCCAGAGCCAGAGGUCACCUCGACUUCUGCACAGACCCCGACACCAGAGCCAGAGCCAGAGCCGGAACCAGAGCCAGAGCCGAAACCAGAGCUGGAACCAGAGCUGGAACCAGAGCCAGAGCCUGAACCAGAGCUGGAACCAGAGCUGGAACCAGAGCCAGAGCCUCAACCAGAGCUGGAAUCAGAGCCAGAGCCUGAACCAGAACCAGAACCAGAGCCUGAACCAGAACCAGAGCCGGAACCAGAGCUGGAACCAGAGCUGGUGCCAGAGCCAACGCCUGUGCCAGUGCCAGAGCCAACGCUAGAGUCAGAGCCGGAACCAGAGCUGGUGCCAGAGCCAGAGCCAGUGCCAGUGCCAGAGCCAACGCUAGUGCCAAUGCCAGAGCCAACGCUAGUGCCAAUGCCAGAGCCAGAGCUGGAACCAGAGCUGGAACCAGAGCCAGUGCCAGAGCCAGAACCUGUGCCAGUGCCAGAGCCGACACUAGUGCCAGUGCCAGAGCCAGAGCCAGAGCCAGAGCCAACGCUAGUGCCGAUGCCAGAGCCAGAGCUGGAACCAGAGCUGGAACCAGUGCCAGAGCCAGAACCAGUGCCAGUGCCAGAGCCAACGCUAGUGCCAAUACCAGAGCCAGAGCCAGAACCGGAGCCAGAACCGGAGGCAGAACCGGAGGCAGAACCGGAGCCGGAACCGGAGGCAGAACCGGAGGCAGAACCGGAGCCGGAACCGGAGCCAGAACCGGAGCCAGAACCGGAGGCAGAACCGGAGGCAGAGCCGGAGGCAGAACCGGAGCCGGAACCGGAGCCGGAACCGGAGCCAGAACCCCAGAGCUGGUGCCAGAACCGGAACCAGAGCCGGAACCAGAGCCGGAACCAGAGCCAGAGCCAGAGCUGGUGCCAGAGCCAGAGCCAGAACUGGAGCCAGAGCCGGAACCAGAGCCGGAACCAGAACCAGAGCCGGAACCAGAGCCGGAACCGGAGCCAGAGCCUGAACCAGAGCCGGAGCCAGAGCCAGAGCCUGAACCAGAGCCAGAACCAGAGCCGGAACCGGAGCCAGAGCCUGAACCAGAGCCGGAACCAGAACCAGAGCCAGAGCCGGAGCCAGAGCCAGAGCCAGAAGCCAGAGCCAGAACCGGAGCCAGAACCGGAGGCAGAAGCAGAGGCAGAAGCAGAGGCAGAAGCAGAGGCAGAAGCGGAGGCAGAGCCGGAGCCAGAACCGGAGGCAGAGCCAGAACCGGAGGCAGAAGCGGAGCCGGAACCGGAGGCAGAACCGGAGGCAGAAGCGGAGGCAGAACCGGAGCCGAAACCGGAGGCAGAACCGGAGCCAGAACCGGAGCCAGAACCGGCCCCGGAGCCCGAGGAGCCGCUGCCCACACGGGAAGCGGACCGGCUUCUGCUCAUCUCGGUGCCGUACCAGAGCCUGCUGAAGCUGUCAGAAAGAGCCGGUCCAGCACCGGAGCCAGUUGUCACCUUGGCCCCUGAGCAGAGUCUGGAACCAGAGGAACCAGAAGAACCAGAGGAACCAGAGGAACCAGAGGAACACAUCCGCUUGACCCCCGAGUACAGCCAGCGACCAGUGGUGACAUCCUCGGGCACGUCACUUCCCGUGAUGUUCCCACACCAGAUCCUGGUGCAAUUCUGGAAUCUGCUGCAGGAGUUCCUGCAGUUUCUGAAGGACAAAGAAGCUUGAGCAGCAACAGGAUGAGCAGGACCCAGGGCUACAGUGGACCACAGCAUUUCCUGCCAGGCCAAAGGUAGCCUUGGGCCAGAGGCUUCUCUGUCCUGCCCACGCUGCUGCGCUGCGGCCACACCGAUGCUGACGUGACUGAAGUGUUGAAGUAAAGUUUCUGCAUUCAUCAUUAA